AUGGCUGUCGGAAUCUCAAGCCUCCCUAUCGAACUGCGAGUUCUUAUCUUGCGACAACUAUGGAAUAUCGGCGACCUCUCUGCCGCUAUUGAAAGCGGUCCGUCACUGGCAGAGGCUUUCACGAAUAGCGGUGACACAACCGUGGCAAAGGUGCUACAAAAUGAGAUUGAUUCUCGUCUUUGGCCUCUUGCCAUAAUCAUAUGGCACAUUCGGACAUCGAGAAGAAAAUAUGUCAUUUUUGACGGGGGCGAUAUGUGGAAAGUCCUACAAGACUGUCACAAUACCUAUGAUACCAGUUCCGCAUGGGAAGUACUUUGUUGCGUGGGUCUGAGCGAAGCAAAUGAACAUUUCCACAAUCUCAAUCAAGCUGUGCAGUACUUCACUACCGACUUUCUCUCCCGAGCUGGUAGGUACUUGUCAGUGGGAACCUGCGGUGAACUGCCUAUACCCACUGCGAGUGAAAUUUACCGCGUCGAGCGCAGCUUUUACUAUCUUGAACUUUUCUGUUUGCUGUGGGGAAGUGGCAAAAGAAUGAGCGCAGAUUGGCAUUUGGAAGUUUCGCGGGGUUUGGCCAUCGAGUUGGAUCCUUGGAUGAAUGAGCAGAUUGCUUGUGUACGAGUAUGCUUUAAGUAUCAACGAAACAAAUAA